GAGCAGUUUGCCAAACCAGCGACCCGAAGGGGGGCCUCGGAAGGGAAACAAAAAUCAGCCCUUCUUUAUCUCUGUCUAGUUUCUUUCUCUCUCUAAAAUGUCGACAUCGUCGAGAACAAGAUCGAGCGGUCCAGUUUUGCCCAUCACGAACAAAUUCCAGAGGUCUGUGUCACCUUCUGGUAGGUUCUGCUCUUCAUCUCCCUCCGAUUCCUCCGCUUUAUCCGCCUUCGCAUCCUCCACCUCCGGCUUCUCAGCUCCGCCGUCCUUCUUCAACAGAUCCGCUUCCCCCACUCGUGUCAACCUGUACGCCACCGCCCCUCCAUCUCCAUCCGUACGAUUCUCCAUCAGCCGAUCUACCUCUCCCGGCCGUCCGAUCUCCGUCUCGCAGCAGCUCAUUCGCAACCCUCCCGGCCGCGUUGAGAGCGGUCACUCGUUUUCUGCGCCGAAGAAGACGUGCAUGUGCUCGCCGACGACGCAUCCUGGAUCCUUCCGAUGCAGUCUUCACAAGAACAGUUACGGCGGCGGUGGCCACAGCCAUGGCCUAGCGUAUUCGUCGAAUCGACUGAACGCUCGCCGAUCCGCUAUGACAAACUCGCUCGUGCGGAUUGGUUCCGUUGAGGGAGAGUGGGUCAAGCGAGCUUUAACUGCUCUUAUUCGACCUUCGUCUCAUCAACAGCGGAGGAGAUCGGCGUUCCAGCCUAGGCCGAGUCGACUCUCUGUUAUGUCCAAAGCCAGAGAUGUUUGACACUCGUAAGCAGGUUGGUUCUUAUGCUAUCCCCAUAUUUUGCUGUUCUCAGAGUUUUCCGCAGCAGCUUCGAAUCCAGCAACGCCUUCAGAAUCCGGCGAGUUUCUUUUAUCAAAUCGGACGGUAUAAUUGAGUCAACUCGGACGAGUAUGUGCGGCGUGGAUCUUUUCACAUCUUCCAGCGAUGAGAGCGAUGCCGACCGCCGAGUUUGAUUACUGAGUCCAUCUUCCGAAGUCGAAACUGAGUCGGCUCGGACGAGUUUUGUAUCACUGGACGAAGCAUGACCAAUUGUGUACAUAAUAAUUUGGAGUCAUUGAUUGCCCUAAUGGACUUUUCGGACAUUGCCUUCAA